AUGCCUCCCCGGAAACGGGUGACGAAUAAGGAGCAGCCCCCCGUUGGCAAGAAACCCGCCGAGACGAAAGAGGAAUUUGAGGAUGAGCUGAAGUUGCUCGCCGGCCAGGCCCAAGACGAGACCUGUGGUAGAUGGGCCAAAGAGCAGGCCGUCGUCUAUGGCAAGGCCGCGGCACUGAUCGCUCUCAUGGCCGUCUUUGCCAACGUCUCGUCGUUGACUCUGUCGCCGGUCUAUGGUCAGAUUGCCGCCACCAGGCUACACCAACGGGUCAUCUGGUCGGCCUUGUUCGUCGGAUGGGGUGGCAAUCUGGCCCUGAGGCGGACAUUACCAGUCAAGACGAUUACGGUGCUGCCACUGGUCGCCAUCUACAUCCCCAUGGCGCAGUACUACCUCUUUGGGCUGAGCAGUACCUUUGGCGCCAAGCUCGGGCCUGCCAUCACCGAGUCUCUCACCCUAUUCCCCUUGAUGAUGCUCAGUACGGCGUGUGUCGCUGAUGUCUUCGAGGGAGCCGACAUGAGUCGCCUGCCGAAGUCCAUCGCGGGAUCGGCCCCGGGUCUUCUCUCGUAUGGACUUUUCAAGUACGCCGAGUCCACCUCCCUCACGCAACUGUUCGCGCAGAUGGGAAGUUCGUUUGUGCAGACUCGUGUGGCUCUGGAGCUGGUGCUGGCGGCAACCUAUGCCGCCAUGGGCCGGUCGAGGCUUCUGAUGUACGCCAUACCUGCUCUCAUACAUGCUGCUUUCUUCAACACCCACCUCAUCACGCCGACGGCUACAAGCUCGCUCAACUCGACCCUCAACCUCGAUGGCUGGUCGGUAGUCGAUCGAUGGGAGUCCAUGACUGGCUACAUCUCCGUGGUAGAUAGCUACAAGGACGGGUUCAGGGUCAUGAGAUGCGACCACAGCCUGUUGGGGGGCGAGUGGACCAAGCUGGCCAGACCGAUAGUUGCAGAGCCCAUCUACAGUGUCUUCACCCAGCUUGAGGCUGUCAGGCUUAUCCAAGUCCCGGACAAGGUCGCCGACAGUGAGGCUAAGGCCCUCAAUAUUGGUCUUGGGAUUGGCACGACUCCUUCAGCGCUGAUAGCACACGGCAUUAAUACUACAAUCGUCGAAAUCGACCCUGUAGUCUACGAUUUCGCAAAGAAGUACUUCGACUUGCCGUCAAAUCACACCGCCGUGAUAGAAGACGUCGUGUCUUGGAGCAGGGUCAAUGCGCCGGAUCUUCAUGAACACUACGACUACAUUGUUCACGACGUCUUCACGGGUGGGGCAGAGCCGGUAGAUCUGUUCACUGACGAAUUCCUCCUAGGUCUCAACUCCAUGUUGAAGCCCAAUGGAGUAAUCGCUAUCAACUAUGCUGGAGACUUCACACUGCCUCCCCUGAGCAUCGUGGUGAAUACCAUUACGGGGGUCUUCCCAUCCUGUCGAACCUUCAGAGAAGGAGAACCCCCAUCGGACGAGAAGCUCGCGGAAGAUGGUCGCGACUUCGACAACGUCAUAAUCUUCUGCACGAAAUCAACAGAGCCCGUCACGUUCAGAGAACCGGUGGAGCGCGAUUUCCUCCAGAGCCUGGCCAGGAAAGCGUACUUGAUGCCCAAGCACGAAGUACAGGAGUCAUCGUUCGCGACAGAGGAGGAUGUGGGAAUCCUCAGGAGUAACGAGACGGAGAAGCUGGCCAAGUGGCACGAUCAGAGCGCACUGGGACACUGGGCCGUCAUGCGGACCGUCUUGCCAAAGGAGGUCUGGGAGCAGUGGUGA